UUGUUGAAUAACUUGAACAAAUUAAUCAAAAUUUGUGAAAUUUGUAUAAGAACGAUAGUCGUCAUUUCCGUAAAGGGAGCAACAGGAAAUAAUCCCGAGAUUGGUAGGCGCAAGUGCAAAGUACACAAUAUAUGUUUUUGCGUCAAAAUAGUGUAAUGAGGAAUGACAUUUAUUUCUUUUUAAAGACAAUAUACUCUAUACACUUAAAUUUUAAUUAUCGUGUAAUGAUAGUGAUGAAAAUAUAGAAUUCAUCAAAAUAUUCGUCACUACUUAUAAUGGCUAACAAGGAGAUGAAUAAUAAUAAUAUCCCUUUACGGGAGAAUCUUAUCAACACUGCAGUCAAAUUUCUGCAAAAUCCGAAAAUAUCUGGAAGUCCUUCUGAACAAAAACAGGAAUUUCUUAUUAGAAAAGGUCUGACAAAUGAUGAAGUAAAGAGAGCCUUUGAGCUAGCUUCCAUAGAGAAAGUUGAGACUAGUUUUAUAAAAAAUCAAAAUGAAUUUACUGCCAUUGCAAUACCUCCUCAGCCCCAGAUUCAUCCAUAUUAUCAAGUUCAAACUCUUCAGCCUACACUAUUUUACAAGAUCAAAGAAUUUUUUAAUGCCACAGCUUUGAUUGGUGCUACUGUAUAUUGUGUUUAUUGGCUAUAUAAGAAAUUUAUUGCACCAUUCUUGUUUGGUUUUAAAAAACCCAAGACUGUAGAGGACUCUGUCACAAAAUUGGAUGAAACUAUACAGAAUUCAAUGAAGGAAGUGAAAGACUCCAUUUUAAAAGUAGAUGGAGAUGUUAAUAGGUUGACACAAAGACAUUCUAUGGAGCCAACUAUUCCACAUUUGGUUCAAGAAUUAAAACAAGACUUAGCUAGUCUGAAGGCAUUACUUCUUUCGAGAAAACAAUUUCCAAAUGCUCCAGCUUCCAUACCAAGUUGGCAAUUGCAGCCGUCCAGUUCUAACCCAAACAAGUCAAACGACAGUGAAGAUGACACCGGUAGUGGCAGUAGCACAAAUAAUUCUGAUAGCUCCUUAGAAAUGAUCCGAGAAGAUCCUUCCAAAGAAUAAAUUUGAAAGCAUAAGAGACUACCAAAAACUUUAACGUUCCAUUAUCCGCCAUCAAUUUGGCUCCCAUUUUAAUUUUGUUUUUCUAUUAUUAAAAUGGCUUUUAAUGAUAUCAAAAAAAAUUUUGAAACAUGGACUCAAGAAGUGGUUCAUAAAACGAGUAAAAAUAUUUAAGUCACUGGAUGAGAUAUUAUUCGAAGGGUUAAUGUUAGCUGCAUUUUUGUUUAUAUAAUAUUUACAAUUUGUAAGAGGGAUAAAAAAAAGUUCAUUAAUGGCAGUGAUGUUAAAAAAAACCGCGGUAUUUAUUUAACAUUGUUUAUUUGAGAACAAACUGCGGAUAUUCCAAUUCUGCGCACACUUCUUUUUUUAAAUAUAUAUAUAUGUGUGUGUAUGUAUAUAUAUAUAUUUUAAUUCGAUAUCCAGUUAUUUUAUCAUUAUAACCAAGAAUUUAUUGAUAAUUAAACGUAUAUCAAUGCGUGUAUAAUAUGUACUUCCAGUUACGACGUAUCGCGCAGUACAUUCAUGCAAGACCAGUCACUCCCUUAAUAUGGACAACACACACUCCUGUAUUCUAAUAUGUACAAACUAUAUAAUAUUGUUACUUUUGUUGAUUACUAUUAGACAAGCGGGCAAAAUACACAGCUAUGUGCAUAGUUUCCUUCCGUAUGAUAUUCUGUUAUACAGCUAUUCUAAAAUAAGAAUUUCUACAGAAAAUUCUACGUGCAA